CCGAAGCAAACGCGUUCCGUUCUACGCAUGUUAUUAGUAAUCUAAAUAGUGUUAGCAAUUAAAAUAAUUACUUGUAAAAGUACAAAUCAAUUUAACACAUAUAUUUAUAAAUUUCCGUGGUGUCAUUUUUAAUUUAUAAAAUCGCAUAAAUAUUCGAUUUUCUGGACUAAAUCAUACGAAACUUUAAGCAACGAAAAUAGCUAACCAGCUAACAAUAUUAAUUAUCCUUUUAAAUAUUAAUGCAUAAGUUAAAUAUCAUAAUAAAUAUUAAUCUGACACAAUAAGCCAAUAUGACUCAGUAACCAUGAACUUUAACAGUGUAAAGUGUAACUCUAAUGUUAGUGUAAAAGUAGCCAGUGUAAGUGUAAAAGUGUCCAGUGUAAGGGUAAUAGUGAUUGUCAGUGAGAAGUAGUGAGGAGUUAUGGAGAAGGUUAGCUGAUUGGAGCUUCAGCCACGCGCGCCCAAGAAACGAUUGAAACGACACAUAAUGCAGGUGUUCGGUGAAUGGGCCCAGGUGGAGGCAGUGGAACUGGUGAACGAUGGCUCCGGACUUGCCUUCGGCAUCGUCGGAGGACGCUCCUCCGGAGUAUUGGUCAAGAGUGUGUUGCCGGGCGGCGUGGCUGAUAGGGACGGUCGACUCCGAAGUGGGGACAUGUUGCUUCGAAUCGGUGCAGUUUCUGUGGUGGGGAUGUGCGCCAGACAAGCAGCUGCUGUGUUGCGGCAGUGUGGGGCCUGUGUGCGACUACUGGUGGCCAGGCCUGCACAUAGCAACACACAGUCCUUAGGAGCAUCUCCAGCACCGAUUGUCCCGUCUCGUCUUUUGGCAGACCCCAUCGAGCUGGAGAGAAGCCUGGCUGAGGCAGGACACGAUGGCUUUGGAGCCCUCAGUGAGGAUACCAGCCCACCAUCACCAACUCCUGUUAUCGAGGAAACCUUCCAUCACAGGCCGGUUGCUUCUAUAGUUGCCGUGGUUCCACGAGAAGCUUUAGCACCAACUCGACGUCCUCCACCGCCUCUCAUUACCGUUCCAGAGCAGAAGUCACCGCCACCUGAAAGGCUACCUCUAGACAUGGCAGUUCGAGGGUCUGGAGAGCCGGAGACGCUGAAAUACGAAGUCCACCUCAACAAGGACUCCUCUCUGGGCUUGGGGAUCACUGUGGCUGGAUAUGUCUGCGAACAGGAAGAGCUAAGCGGUAUCUUUGUGAAGAGUAUCAGUGCUGGAAGUUCAGCUGAUGUCUGCGGGAAGAUACAAGUCAACGAUAGGAUAAUUGAGGUGGACGGUACGUCUUUGCACGGUGUCACGAACCAUCGAGCAGUUGCGUUGUUACGCGACGCUAAGGGGCCUAUUGUUAGACUGAAGGCGCUGAGGUAUCUUAGAGGAGCUGGCUUUGAGCGUCUUCAGAAGGCUUUAGCGGCUCAGGAUGGAAAACGUUCACCGAUAGCACCUCCAAGUCCAUCCGUCACAUCUCUUGCCAAAUAUAGUUUUAGUGUUUACGACGAAUCAACAGUUAUAGAAGUAGAGCCAGAUUCCGAAGUUCAUCACCCUCCAUCACCGACUUCACCGUCAGAGGAAGCGGAGAUAGUGAUUGGAAGAGAUAACAUAUCGGAGAGAGAGAUAAGGAAGAUUCAAGAUAAAUGGCGGGAUCUGUUGGAUAACGAGGCAGACUGGCCAGGCCACCAGUGCCAAUAUGAUGUCAUUGUGGGAUCAAUAAUAAAAGAAAAGGACAGUGGUUUGGGUAUUUCUCUGGAGGGCACUGUCCGAGUGGUAGGGGGUAAGGAAGUACAAGCCAGACAUUACAUAAGGGCAAUAGCUCCCGAUGGACCCGUGGCCAGAAUGGGACUGUAUCAAGUCGGAGAUGAGCUGUUAGAGGUGAAUGGUUGGCGGGUACUAGGCGCACAUCACGUGGAUGUGGUGACUCGAUUACGGGGAGUGACGUCACCUGUGCUCUUAGUAGUCGUGAGAAAAAGGAGCGAACAGUCUUAUGGAAUUGAACAUAAUUUAGCAAAGAGUGGGAUCCUGGGAGGCAGUCUGCAGGAUCUGCUAUCGCCACCUCAAAGGCUGAUCAAGGCCAAGUCUGAGAGCUCCGUGACGUCUCUGUGCAGUGCCAACACUGUGCUGUCGACGGGACAGGAACAUAGCGAAUUUUGCUCAGAUGACCUGGAGAGAAAUAGAUCUCGUUCUCUAGAGCCUCUGAGCUGGCUGGCUAUGUGGAGUGACACCAUCGAUUACAUUCAGCUGCAGAAAGAAGACCGUGGCCUUGGUUUCUCCAUACUUGAUUAUUUGGACCCAUCGGAACCCAGUAGUUCAGUGAUAGUGGUACGCUCAGUCGUAAGCGGCGGUGCUGCUGCGACGGAUGGGAGACUUGCCCCCGGAGAUAGGCUGAUGUCAGUAAACGGUGUGGACAUAUCGAGAGCAUCACUGGCAACCGCUGUGGCUGCUAUUAAAAGCGCUCCAAAAGGUAUUGUCACAAUCGGUGUUGCUAAGCCUCUACCUUGUAGCACAGUGGUUGGUGGCGAGAAAGCCAACGGACCUACGUUUGAUAAUAGUCAGAGACUGGAAUACUUAACGAAGAUAUUACGGCUGAUAAUGUCACUUCAUCAAGAUAUAAUGUCGCUACAGUUACACUGUCAACAGGUCAUUGACCCGCCACAUGAAUUCAAACUACCCGCAUCUAGAGCUGUUGUUAUGAAAUGAUUUGUGGUGUAAUCACGAGCACGUGAAGCUUUCUGUCUAGAGUCUCAGGAUGACGGGCGCAGGGUGAAGAUAACGGGAUGAUAUCUUACAUUAAAUAUUACGCCUGUCAGAAGUCACCUGAUCCGUCCCAAAACUAAUUAACUUGCGUUAGCCAACCAGACGGCUAACCUUUAAAGUGACGUCAUCGUUCAAUUUUAGGUGGACGGGCGAAGAUUGGUUGUAGUUGUAAUGAACGAUACAUAAUAUUAAAAAUGGGCAGAUAAUUCCAUAAUGACAUAAGCAUGAAUAACAGUUCUUAGAUAAUUUUUACAUCUAGAUAGAGUCUCUUGCUCUUAGGUAACCGCCAAAAACAGGCCAGGGAUAUUAGUUUAGUGUGCGUGACUAGCUACGUCGUAAACACGCGAUUUGUAUGACGCUUUGUGUUAGUGUGUGUGAGAUGCUCAAAACAGAGGUUCAUAAUCUAUCUAGAUGUAUAAAUAAUCUUAGCGACAGAUAAUGUAAGUCAGUUAAAGAUUUCCUUCCUUCCCUUCUCUAUUACGCAUAAUCUUACUCUUUCUCUUUCAUACCCAAUUUUUCUUCGCCUUUGUUCAUUAUAUAUACGCUUUUAUAAAAGACUCACACACUCCUGUUAUUCCUCUGUUGUUUGAAGAGAAUGUGGGCAUCGGUGAUCACUUAACAUCUGGAGAACUGUACGCUCGUAUGACCUCCUCUUCAAUAAUAAAAAAUAGUUUAAAAAGACUAAAAUACACGCUUUAAUUUAAAAUAAAUUCUCUUUGAUAUUUGAAAAGUUUUCUACUCAUAGAUAAAUUGGUUAAAGAUAGUGGUUGAAAUUUAAAAUUCACACCAAUUCCUGCCUAAUCUACGAUAGAUGAAAAUUAUGUAAAUGAACAAAAAUCAUAUUUUGCAAAUUUAAAAUGGAAUCAUUUUAUCAAAUUAAUGUAUUGUCAUCAGUCCUCGAUAAAUCUACGAAGUUUCAACGAAAUCUGGUCGUUUAAAGUGGGUCAAAAUCGCGCACAGAUGUGUCGGUUACAAACAAACAUACACACAGGUUAAGCUAAUAAAAAGCGUUUAAAAAACGGUACCAGCUUUAGGUCCCAAGAUUCGGUUAGAUAUGUUCAUUGUUCAGGAAUAUAUAUAUUAUAGCUCACAUAUAACAUAUAAAAAUCAACCUAAAGCUACAGUAGAUAUGUCUACUGUGCUAAAGCCAAGAUUGGGAAUUUAAAAAAUUACUUACAGGAAAUUUGGGGCAUAUCAGUAUGAUGUAGAAACACGUAUGAAAAUUAAUUUGUUACUAAUUGUAUAUUAAUGUUAAACUAAUAAACAAAUAUAAGGUAUUGUUUUAAAAAUACCUAUAUUUAUUUAUUUUGAUGUCAAUUUAUAUAUAUUAAAAUAUGUGGAACUGUAAACAACUAAAAUUGUUGCGUACGAUUUAGUUGGAGGAUUUAUUAGGUACAGUUAUAUUUAUGUGUUAAAUAGAAAUUAAUAUUAUGAUAAAAAUGGUAUUACUAUAAGCUUAAAAUAAAAAUCUUUCAUCUCUUAGGCAUACAUUUAUUUAGUAAUAUAACACGCAUAGCUUUUCUGCACUAAAGUCUACUCAAAGAGCAGUAGGCACUCCAUACCUUCAGUGAGAUUCCGUAGGAUAUAGGAUAGGAGAUUUUGUUUAAUAAGUCUGCUUUCCUAAUCGAUUUCAUGGCCUAAAAGUGAGUUUAAAUCUCUACAUGUUCACAAUGGAGUGGGAGUUGCUGUAUGGAAGUGAGAGUUGGGUAUGGCGGAAAAAGCAUGAAAGCAGAAUUAACGCAGUUCAGAUGCGGUUACAGCUGUGGUCUGAAAAAAGAUCUUAUGAAAACGAUUGAGAAAGGAGUUCUGUAAUAGUUGUGACACAUGGAGCAAAUGAGUGAAGAAAUAAUGACGAAUCAAAUAUACAUAUAUAUUUAUCGUUUUAUUAGACACUGACUGUCUUACUAAUAAACGCAGUGAGCAGUAACCCCAAGUUUAAAAUUACUUCUCCAUGUCAUGUUAUUCUGUAGUGGUAAAGGUUGGGUAAAGGCAUAAAGUUUUAAACUUGGAAUAACUUUAGUUCGCGUUUAUAAGUUACUUAUGUAUACAGUCCACCAAUUGUCUUACAAUCUUUCGUGCAAAAAUAAAAGAAUUACCAGCAAAUUGGGUCAUAAAUAAUUUUGCGAUAGUACAUUACAAUAUAAAUAUAAUUAUUAUGUUCUUAUUCAUGUAAAAUAGUGGAAUAAGUAAAAAUAAUAUGACUAUAUGCUUUGAAAUAAUUUUAAAUAAAAAAUACUUCAUAAUGUAUUUCUCAAAAAUCCAAAGAUAAUGUUCAGUAACGUUUGAAGCUAAGAAGUUUUCACUUCUAACUUGCAAAAUUAAACAUGUGUUGAACAUUUGUUUUAAAAAUGUUCUAUUAUAAAUGAGUGUCUUUCUGUUAUUUAGCGUCAAUCGUUAGACGUCGCUUACAGUUUUAAAUAGUUAGACACUGUUUAACGAAACACGUGUCUAAGCCAUGUUAUAAUGAUUUUUUGUAAUAACACGGCGUUUUUAUCUAAUUUUAUCUAAUUUAUAAAAUUCUCGUAUCCCGGCGUAUGUUACCAACAACAAUUCGUUACAAUUUUAAAUUUUCACCCUUCUGCGAUCCACACCUAUUGUUGUAUCGCGAUUUUUAUAUUAUUCUGUUCCAUCCACAGAUCCGCAAUAGGGUUGCAAGAUGGCCAUCGAAUAUUAUAUAAUGUACGAUAUAUUUGGUAGGUCUGUGAAUCUUUCGUCAUCAAUUUUUUACACCCCAAAAAUUUUUAAUUGUUGAAAUUCUUUUAUACUUUAUCUGGCAAUACAACGUUUGCUGGGUCAGCUACUAUAUAUAUAUUUUGAUAUUUUUUAAUGUUUUAUUGGAUAUGUACAUGUUAUAAAUACUGUUGUUUUAGUAUUUAAAGAUUUAUACGACUAUAGGUAUGAACUAGUCAAUUAAUCAAUAUUAUGAAUGUUUAAAUGUAAUGUUAUAAAACUCGUCGGGUUUGAAAUUAAAAAGAAAAUUACCGAAAGCUUAGAUUAAGGAUUGGUCUCCGCUGCGUUCCAACUAGAUACCGGAGGCGUAGUCGCAAAGUGCGGCAACUAAUACUACGCCCAAGUGUACUCGAGCCAGUCUCUAACAAUGAGUGAUGUUGACGUGCCACAUGUUCUAAUAAACUUUUCUAAUAAUUGAAACUAAAAUGCCGGUUUGCGUAGUAAAACCUUGAAAAAAAAUAUUACAAGAAAUAAGAAAGACACUGGGAUCACAUAUCAUCAGUAAGUAAUUUGUAUUGUAUUAAUUUCAAUAAAAUUACACGAAGCGUAUGCUACAAAAUUUGAAAGAUGCCAUUGAUUGUCAAGAUGCCAUGCGCACAAACAUCUAAUAGUUGCCGUAAUAAAAAAGCUGUUGUUCUUA